CCUGCACAGCCAUUUCUAUUUCAGCAGCAAAAGGAACUGAAGAACUCUUUGAUUUCCUGAUCUCGCAGCAAAGCCAAAAACUGUAACCAAAAUGCAGGCUGCUCUGAGUCUUUGCACGCCCAUUUCUAUCCCAAGAAACAAGAACCCUCUGUCAUGGACGACCGCCAAGCCAAGGAAGAACUCGAUUCUACUGCGCCCACGAGUCACCUCUGCUGCUGAAUCUGUCACAGCCGACUAUAGCUCUGCGACCUCCGUCUUUCCAGCAGAAGCAUGUGAUGUGGUAGGAGGAGAAGCAUGUGAUGCAGUCAUGUAUCCAGAGGUGAAGCCCACAGCAGAGAUGGUCAGCAGCAGAGCAGGCCAAAAUGCCACUGAGGAAGUUGACCGAGAAUACUUGGAGUACAAUGAGCCCAAGACGGUGUUUCCAGAUGAGGCCUGCGAUGAUCUCGGUGGGGAAUUCUGUGAAGCAGAGUACCAGAAGGGAGUUAGUUCAUAGAUGGAAAACUUACAGAGAAUCGUUUCAUGGCUUUCACUGUAGCAUUAUCUACCAUGCCAACAUGAUGGAUCAUGAAAUGUGAACAAGAUGACGGGGCGUGUCUGUACGUGCUAUUUCCUUUUAAAACUAUCAUAUAUAGCUUGUAGAUGAACUGGUUUUGACAAAAACAAAAAUAUCCACUGGUGUGUAAAUCUCUAA